AUGGAAGGAUCACUCAGCCAUAGCAUCAACAAUAGAUCUUCUUAUCAAUCUCGCCACAACAACAACAGCCUGGUUAGACAUGUUCUUCAAGAUGGAGAUAAAGCAUAUAAUAUAGAAGAUUCUAAUGAAAAUGAACAUGAAGAGUUAUAUAAGGUAGGUGAAGUUGUUAAUGACAAUAACAACUGUGAUGAAAUUGAGCUAGCAGGAAUUGAUGAUGCUCCAAGUGUUGGCAUGUAUUAUGCUAGUAUUGAUAUUUUAUUUAAUGCCUAUCUUGCUUAUGCUAAGGAGAAAGGAUUUAGUGUGGCUAAAAAUUAUGCUUCCAAGGGUAAUGGCAAUGUGCGUAAAUAUCAAACAAUCAGUUGUGAUAGGGGAAGAAAGCCUGAUGGUGAUUCAUCAUCAAAGAGAAUAAAUUGCACUGCACGCCUAAGUGCAAUUUUAAGAAGUAAUGGUUUUUGGCAAGUGACAAAAUUACAGACAGAGCAUAACCAUGAACUAGAUCCUCAUAUGUCCAGGUUCAUGCAUGCACAUAAAAGUGUAUCUUCAAUCAUAAAACGAAGGCUUAAAGCACAUGACAUUGCUGGAAUUAGGCCAAGCAAAAGUGUGAGACUCCUUGAAGUGCAAACUAGGUAUCCCGAGAAGCUAAGUUGUCUCCCAAGGGAUUGUCGCAAUUUUGUUGAUAGAACAAGAAGAUUGAAGCUUGGCAAUGGAGAUGUUGAUUACAUAAACAAGAUGUUUCUAAGAAUGCAAAGAGAGAAUGCAAAUUUUUUUCACUUGAUUGAUACAGAUGAGGAUCAUAAGCUCACUAAUGUGUUUUGGGAGCAUCCGUGGAGCAUUGUUGCAUAUGAAGAGCUUAAUGAUGUAGUAAGUGUUAAUACAACAUACCUCGUCAAUCGGUAUAGAAUGCCAUUUGCAAGCAUCAUUGGAGUUAAUCAUCAUGGACAGUCUAUUUUAUUAGGUAGUACACUUAUUUCUCAUAAGGAUGCUAAGUCAUUUAAAUGGGUUUUUAGUAUGUGGCUUGCAGCAGUGGGUGGUCGUGCCCGAAUAUCUAAGAAUAUAGUUGUGAAUUGCAUUUCAGAAUUUCAAUGGGAGCGACAGUUUCAGGAGGCAUACACUACUGCUAUGUUUAGACAGGCUGUUGAAUGUGAAGAUGUCAAUGAAGUUGAUGAAGAAUUUAUGGAGGAAGGCUUUGAACAUAAUAAAAUUUUGGAGAGGAGUUUGAUGAACAAUUGGUAUGUGAAAGAACAUGUUUAUAUUGUUCUUUACAAGGAAGAAGAUAUCAAUGACAAUUUAAAUGAUGUUGAUUUGAAUGGUGGGAAUGGAGAUUUACACACUGAAGCAGCCAUUAUUCGCAAUCCUAUAGUUGCAAGCAAUCGAGGACGUCCAUGGAGUAAUCGUUUUAGGAGUGCAUUAGAGCUCGUUCAAAUCCUAACCAGGGUGUUGGUAGGCAUGGCAGAGGGCGUGGCAGAGGUCAUUCUAAUGGUCAAGGAAGAGCUUUAG